AUGACAUUAAAAAUUAAUAAUGAAGAACAAAAACUCUAUGUCAUCUCUGAUUUAUCGGUCUUCAAAAAUAAAAAAUUAUUCAUACCAAUAGAAAUCAAAAAAUUUAAUAUAGAAUCAAUGGUUAAAGAAUUUAUUGAAACACAUACCCGAAAAGUUCAUUCAGCUAUCAAAUUUCUGAAAUAUGAUAAGGUGGCAACCAACAACAAGUUUGGUGUUUUUUUAAUCAAAUUUUAUCUUCCAUGA